CGGACGUUGGACACGCUAGUCGAUGAAUUGGUUUGCAUCGAUUUUCAAUAAUCAUUUUCAUCAGUAUCCAAUAAUUUAUGAGUGCCUCUUCAUUUCGUGAGACUGCGUUUUAUCCCAUCUACUUUGUAUGUGUGUUUAUUGAGUGCAUUGAAGGAAAACUCACCAGGGGAAACACAGUUCGCAGGGAAACAAAGAGAGGAAUCGGCGGAAUUCGAUUUGAAGUGAAGUGUUCAUUGUCAAUUAUGACUUCUGGGAGUGCACGACACAACGCGGAUGAAUUGUUGGGCUUGUUUUCGGGCGAUCCGCAUUAUGCAAUGUUGGCCAAUUUCCGGAUUGAUAAAAAGAUAGGCAAAGGCCAGUUUUCCGUGGUCUAUCGAGCUGAACAUGUGGAUGGUAAAGUAGUGGCCUUGAAGAAAGUUCAAAUCUUUGAAAUGAUGGACGCAAAGGCUCGGGAAGACUGCAUGAAGGAGAUAAAGCUGCUCCAACAACUGAAUCACCCGAAUGUGAUCUGUUAUCUGGCAUCAUUUGUCGAAGAUUCCGAGCUGAACAUUGUUUUAGAGUUGGCUGAUGCUGGGGAUUUGAGUCGAAUGAUCAAACAUUUCAAGAAGCACGAACGCCUCAUUCCCGAAAGAACCAUUUGGAAGUAUUUUGUGCAAUUAUGUAGCGCUUUGGACCACAUGCACUCAAAACGCAUCAUGCACCGCGAUAUCAAACCAGCUAAUGUGUUCAUCACGGCCCAGGGAGUGGUGAAACUGGGUGACCUGGGACUGGGUCGGUUCUUCAGUUCGAAAACAACGGCAGCUCACUCCUUGGUCGGUACCCCGUACUACAUGAGCCCCGAGAGAAUCCACGAGCAGGGCUACAACUUCAAGAGCGAUAUCUGGUCACUUGGUUGCCUGCUUUAUGAGAUGGCAGCACUGCAGUCCCCGUUUUACGGCGACAGGAUGAAUUUGGUUUCCUUGUGCAAGAAAAUCGUCAAUUGUGAAUAUCCUCCGCUGCCUGCAGAAUACUACUCGGAAGAGCUUCGCAAAUUGGUCGCCUCCUGCAUCGACCCAAAUCCUGAGAAACGACCUGACAUCAAAUACGUCUACGAUGUUGCGAGAGAGAUGAACAGUCGUACCCAGCCUCCUGGCUCUGCAGCUUCAGCUAUGUCAAUUAUGUCACACGGGUCGACGAUGGCAUCGGAUGCUGACGAGAGCAACACCGACAGCCUCCGAAAGCUGAAACUGAAUGACUGACGACGCGCCAGCCCCAGGAGUCGAUAUUUCAGCUUCUGAAAACAUCUCUUGCUUGAAAUUUUGGCCGAGUCUCGAUAAUUAACUUCACAACGAAAAAGCACGUGAAUGGGGAAUUCUUUUUUUUUUUUAACCGUCGGCCAUCUGCGUAUAGCUGCAUGAGAAUUCGAAGAAACCCGUGUGAACGUUCCGAAUAUUGAUGACAGUGACGUUUCGAUUUUUGCUUGAGGUUAGGAAAAAUCUUGAAAAUUUUUUAUAUAAUCAUAAUUUAACUUUUAUUUUUCAUUAUUCUUAGACAGAUUUCUAAUUCAAAGAAAUUUCUCAGCUCUCUUCGCCUUAGAAAUGGAAAAGAAUCGCGUUUGCUUUUUAUAAUUUUGAAUUAGUGUAGCAAAACUGUUGAUUUAAAUGCUUGGCUGGAAACGGUGUGAGGUAAUAUUUUGAGUGAUUUUUUGCACUUGAAAAGUUGAAAUACCAUGUUGGAAGAUUGUCACUUUUGAAAUUAAGUAUGGGUGAAAGUUUUAAUGUGUUGUAUGCUGAUUUUCUGUAUUAUCUUUUUAUCAUCCAAAGAUUGUGUGUUCUACUACAGUAUUAAGCUUGAUCGCUCUAAUUUUUUUGGAAAGUGUGAAGUUCUAUACCUCUUACGCAUGUCAUACUCAAUAUUUCAUUUUCAGUUUUGACACUUUGGCCCACGGUUCUACAAAAGGAUUAUUUUUCUCGUUCGAGACUCGGCCAAUUGACUCUUGACUGGGGGGCCUUUGCAACGUAUCAAAGGAAAUACUGAUCGAAGUGAUUGAAUCCUUUCGAAUAUUUGUGGUUGAACGUUUUUUGUUUUGUUCUAAUGUUUUAAAUUGAGGGAAGGCCCGUCCAGUUUGAAUGCCAGUAACGGAGAAAAGGAUCUUAUUGAUGUGAAUCACAUGCCUCAAAAUGCUUCGAACGAUACGUAAGAGCGACUUUGCAAUUUUUUGAUCUCAAGUCGAAGUAAGGCGAUCUCAUUUUUGUGUUUGAAUGCUAAAAAUAUGCAUAUAUAUUCUUGAAUGAAGCACAGAAAGAAGAAAAAAACCUAUGAAUUCGGCCUCAAAAAACGCCGAUAUUUUCGCAUGUUGAUCUCCUUUAAGUGAUUCAGGUUGUGAAAGCAGAGCAAAUUUACCUAAUUGCGUCGGUGAAGCACUUGUUCAGCACAAAUGAUGUCAUAGAAGUCAUAUUGUUUUUAUUGAUCAAAUAUUCAGCAAGGGAACCGCAAACAUGGCAGAUACUUUUUAUUCGCGGAUCCCGUGAUGUGCAAGAACUGCAAAUAUACUUGGAUUAUUUGUUGACCGUCACA